GCCGAGCGCUACUUACAUGCUCUUUAUUGUUUAUAUGGAAGUGUGCUAUCGUUUCUCACAUUCAUUACGUUUUUUCGCAUGUAAGAUGGCUACAUUUUUUUAUAGACAAAAGCAUUCUAGGCGGCGUUUAGCUGCACUGAAUUUUUUGUCAAACAUUUCACUAGAUGGUUCUUUUGAAGAUUCAAAAUGUGCCCCUUCUUCGAAAAUUACCCUGCUAAGUGAUCCACUUGAAAAUGACAGGAACAUAAAAAAAGUACCUAUAAAGGCUAACCAAGCCAGUUUAUCUGUUAAUGACAACCAGAAUUCAGAAAUAGUGUGUACAGUUACGCUGCAAGAAAACAUUUGUGACAAUCAGGUUACAUGUUCAGUAAUGAAAGGUAGCACAUUGUCGAGUGAAGAAAAAACUAAAAUUGAUCAUGCCUUAAUGAAGAUGGAAAAUUCAUCAAAUGCUGUUAGAGAUAGAUCACCUACAUGCAACAGUAUAUUCAAGGGCCAAAAGGGAGCAGCUUUAUCAAAUACAAAUAUUUGUAACUCACCCAUCAUUGCUGGAACAACUUCAUUAGUACCCCACUUGGAAAAGGCUUCAGUUGAUUUUGUUGAGUUUCCUACACCUAGCUAUCUUUUUCCUAAUUCAACACGUAGCAGAAAGAUUUCUAGCAACACAUCAGAGAGUUCAUACUCACCAACAGGAUCAGGUUCAAAGGAGAAAGAAGUAAGGUUCUUAACAUCAGCUUAUGAUUGGUCAAAUCAAAUGACGGAUCAGAGACUAGUUCUGGUUACUUGCAAUUGCUCCCCAGUUGUUCUUUUUUCAACAUUGCCGUUUUCGCGCAUCAGCAAGCUCUCGAGAGGAGAGUUUCGAAGUGAUAGUGGACGUCGAAGACAUCCUUCAUCGAGUACGCGGCCAGUGUCAUCGACAGAUUACCCAGAUCUAUACCAUCUACUCGGUUUGACUAAACCAGGAGACGGACAAGUAGUAUCUUACUGUCAGAUGUUGGUGCCUUCUGGGUACGCUGGUCGUGAACUUAUUACCCCUCGAAGGUUUCAUGUUACGGAAGGCAGUCACUUUGAAAAUGACCGUGCAAGUAAGGUCUCAACUGUAUUAUUCCGAUCUCAUGAUCGCCCAAACCAUAUGCGACCAUCCUCACCCCUCCAAAUGAUGGAAAACAUGAAGAUUGACAAUGAGGAAUUGGGUAUUCAGACAUCUUUUUCAAAUCUUGGUCAUUUCGGAUAUCAUCCCAGUCUUUUGGAUGACCCUGAAUUGAUCGCUGGUAAACAUAGUACAAGAAUAGCACUGCUCACCUUUUCGUCAUACAUGACUUCGGUAAUCGACUACGUCAAACCAUCUGAUCUUAAAAAAGAACUUAACGACAAAUUUCGCGAAAAGUUUCCUCAUAUCCAUCUGACAUUGAGUAAAAUUAGGAGCCUUAAACGAGAAAUGCGAAAAGUGGCAAAACAGGAUAGUGGAACAGGAACCGAUCUUCUUACAGUUGCCCAAUCAUAUGUGUUUUUUGAAAAACUUGUUUUACGUGGACUUGUGCAUAAAGGAAAUCGCAAGUUGUGUGCUGGCGCUACGCUUCUAUUGUCGGCGAAAAUGAAUGAUGUGAAAGGAGACUCACUAAAAACACUUAUUGAGGAAAUUCAGAACAAUUUUCGCAUCAGCAGGCGAGAACUGUUUGCAUCAGAAUUCGCAGUGCUUGUUGCUCUCGAGUUCAGCUUACACUCACCAACUUGGGAAAUUUUUUCACAUUAUCAGCGGCUUUUAUACGAUUCGUAAUUUAAGCCCCGGAAAUUACUUCUAAUGACGAGUUUUUCCUUCUGUAACGCUUUAGGAUUUAAAAAUCCUGAAUAUGCAACAUGCAAAUUUCAAGUGUGAAUAGUAUGAUCUCAUUACAGCUGGGCAAAUGAAAUGCGGCCCUGCCGCUACAAAAUCAUCGACCGUUUUGCUUUCCAACACAUGUAUCAUACCUAUGAAUUUACGUUAUAACUUAAAUGUGACUACCUACUUUUCUAUCUGUAGUCUUAUUUCAACCAGUACGAAAUGGUAUUCUCAAAUAGAAAGUGGCAGCUCCAGAA